AUGGCUGAGGGUUGGGGACAGCAAUUCUGUAAUGGGGUUGAAAGAUUUGAGGAAGAAGCCAAGGGAGCCAUUGCAAUUGAGUACUUCACGGACCUUUUUAAGGCAUCUGAUAUUGGGGAUGUGUCGGAAUCUUACAAGCACUUCUGGGGGAUUGCGGGUACCCAUGUGAUGAAUGAGGUCAAACAGUUUUUUGAGAAUGGAAAACUACCGCAGGAAUGGAACCAUACGCAGAUCUGUCUACUUCCAAAGAUCCAGAAUCCGAACAAAAUGACAGAUUUACGACCCAUGAGUCUCUGCUCAGUUACGUAUAAAAUUAUAUCCAAAGUUUUAUGUACGAGACUAAAGCGGUUUCUGCCACAACUGGUAUCUCAAACGCAAGGAGCUUUUGUCGCAGGAAGGCUGAUAUCGGACAACAUUCUCAUUGCACAUGAGAUGAUCCAUGGUCUGAAAACAAACCCAAACUGCAAGGAGGAUUUCAUUGCCAUAAAAACUGAUAUGUCGAAGGCAUAUGACAAAGUGGAAUGGAAAUUUCUGGAGAUAUUGUUUGACAAGAUGGGUUUCGAUCCUCAAUGGUCGGGAUGGAUCAUGGAAUGCAUCCGGUCUGUGUCUUAUACGGUACUGUUAAAUGAGGGAUUGCAUGGGCAUAUUCAGCCUGAGAGAGGCAUUCGUCAAGGGGAUCCGUUGUCUCCUUUUUUGUUCAUUCUCUGUGCUGAGGCGCUAGUUCACGUAAUGAGUCGAGCAGAGCAAGAAGGAAAGAUAACGGGGAUGCGCCUUACAGCGAAUUGUCCACCUAUACAACACCUACUCUUCGCAGAAGAUAGCUUCUUUCUGUGCCGAGCUAAUCUGCGAGAGUGUACAGAGUUUUUAAGAUGCUUAAAGUUGUAUGGAGAUGCUUCUGGUCAACUAAUUAACUUCCAGAAAUCAGCUAUCACCUAUGGGGAGGCUAUAGACCCGUAUCAGUGUUGCCUGAUUUCGAAUCUUCUUGGCAUUGACAAGGAAGGAGGUGAUGGCAAAUACCUGGGGCUGCCGGAAUGUUUUAGUGGAUCCAAGCAGAAACUUUUAGCCUUUAUCGGUGAAAAGUUAAGCAAACGGCUCCAUGGGUGGUAUGCAAAAACAUUAUCGCUUGGAGGUAAAGAGAUACUGCUUAAAUCAAUCGCAAUGGCGCUACCUCAUUAUUUUGGGAAGGAAUUGUUAGAGCGUGGCUUGAUGAAAUCAAUCGGGAAUGGUGUCACUACUCAUGUAUGGAUGGAGAAGUGGAUUUUGGAUGAUCACCCUCGUAGACCAGUGAACCGUGAAAUUUUCAUGGACUUGGAAUUGAAAGUUUCAUCCUUAAUUUCGCCGGAUGGGAAAUGGAUCCCCAACAGAGUUAAUGAGCUUUUUCCUCCAGCUGAUGCGGCGAGAAUCAUGGAUAUGCCGUUGGGAAGAGUAGCAAACCAACAUAUUUGGGCUUACACAAGGGAUGGUGCUUAUUCAGUUAAGAGUGGAUACUGGUUCGCUGCAAACCACCUUGUCCUGCCACAACCUCCAUUAUCACCAUUGGAUGAAACCAGAGUGGCUCUGAAGCAGCGCAUAUGGAAGUUCAGAACAGAACCCAAAAUAAAGUUCUUUCUGUGGCGGGUACUUUCUGAAGCUUUAACGGUGGCAGAAAGGCUAAGCACAAGAGGGAUGCUUUUGGAUAUGACGUGCAAGCUUUGUAAUGAAAAGGAAGAAACAAUCAACCAUGUGCUUUUUAGAUGCCCUGUAGCCCAACAGGUAUGGGAUUUGUCUAACAUACAUCUACCAGUGGAUGGUUUCUCCAACUCACUUGAAGGGAACAUGGGCUUUCUCUUUGAUAUCAUACAAAGACAAGUGGUACCAACAGACCUUAGACAUGCCAUUCCGUGGAUUAUAUGGGGUAUCUGGAAAAACCGGAAUGCAGCAUUAUUUGCAGGUAGUCAUGAGACAAGUGCCAGGGUUCUACAACGCAGUAAGGAGGAGGCCAAUGUUUGGACUGAAGCAAACAAACCUGAGAACUCUGAGGACAUGGGAGAAGCGGGUUAUCGGUUCAUUGAGGAACGAUGGCAGGCACCACCGGCGGGGAGGCUAAAAUGCAACCUUAAUGUACAUUGGAGGAAUGCUCGAUCACAUUGUGGAGGGGCGUGGGUAGUGAGAGAUCAUGAGGGUAAUACAACGUUUCAUGCCCGAGAUGCCUUUUUACGAACGCCUAACCGCAUAACCGGGGAAUUGAAAGGAGUUAUAUGGGCUCUACAGAGCCUGAGAGACCUACGCAUAACCAAUGUAACGAUGGCCUUGGACUGUAAAGAGGCGUAUGCUGCGAUUACAAAACCUGCAGAAUGGCCUAGAUAUCGGAUGCUUACUGAGCAGAUUAACCGGUUGGGGAACGAGCUUAAUGCUAUUGUUUUUGAGCUGGAAUCUGCGAAAUCAAACCACAUAGCUCAGGAAAUUGCGAAAAGUGUGAUCAGGGAUGGAAGAUUGCAGUCUUAUCUAUCCAUUGGAGGUCCAGCUUGGCUCUAUGAAAGGUUAAGACAUGACGCACAAAGAGGCUUCUGA